AUGGAGACCCAGAAAGACCGAAAUAAUCCGAAUACUCCGGAAUCCAUCUUUGAAGAAGCAAAGGAGAUGAUAUGGAACAAAAUGCACAAAAUAAACCCAGAAGGAAGCGGGAGCGAGCUCUUCAACGUAUACGCCCUAUUCAAUGACCUGCAGGAAAACUCCCGGAGGCUUUUCAGGCUCUCAAACAACCGCGAGAUGUUCACAGCGCAGCUAAUCUGCAUAAUGAAGGACCAUCUUAAGUUCGACCAGAAAGAUCUUCCAACAGAAGAAGAUAAUUAUAUUCUAAGAUUUUUCCUGGCAAUUCUUUUCAUGGAUAUACAAGCCAUAGGAGGAACUCUGUUUUCAGCCUUCCAAAGGGAAAUAUCUGACUUCUGCAUUUUCAAGGCGAUCGACUCUGUCUACAAAGACUUGGAGGAAGCCCAGAAGGAAGCAAUCCUCCUGGCUAUUUCCCAGAGGGAUCACCACUCCAGAUUCCGCACGAUGUUAUUUCCCCGUGCAAAGUCUCCCGUGAAAUUUGACAGUGAAUGGCUUUUGAAGACUUUAUCCAAAGCCCAGUCAAGUCAUUCCAGAGAUAUCCCUCCAAGGCUGGGAAUGGCUAAGAUUGUCACAAACCCAGGGAAGAUCUACACCCAGGAGGAAGUGGAUGCGUUCAUAUCUUGGCUGGAAAGAGUUGAAAUUCAAGAGACUGAGAAAAAACUCAGGAAAGCAUGCAAGAAGAUAGCGAGAAUCCACAGAAAGAUCACGAACAUGCACAGUUUAAGCAGUGCCUGCAAAGAGGAGCAGCAUCAUGAAAUGACUCCAAGCACAUUCGUAGUAUUUCUAUCCCGGCUGAAACUGGUUAAAGACGUCUCCCUGCGCAAAAGAUUCAGGGAAGAGUGGGCGAAAUGCGAGGAGGAAGGGAGUUUUUUGCUUACUAACCUCGUGGAUAUGCUCUGGCUUCGUGCUGUGAAGAGAUUCCUCCCCAUGAUAAACCUCCCGGGAGAGUUCGAGCCUUCCUACAGGGAGGGAGUAAACCCAAAGAAAAGCCUCCGAGGGGUAGGACAAGAGAGUAUGGAAAGUAUCGGGGAAAUUCCUCCUGAUAACGUAUACGACUUGAUGGAUAGUCUUGUCUUGGGGGCUUUAAACAUGGUUGGGGAUCAGCCGUUGGAUUCUUUUUUCAAGUGCAAAGAUGCAGAAGAGAGGACGAUAUACCUCGUAAAUGGGGUGAGAGACUUUAGUGAGGACUCAGAGCUGAUCUCUAAAUUUAAGGCGUACAUUACUUCUCACAGCCAGAAUAACUCCGACAUACUCCAUGAGAAUACGGAAAUAAUCUCCAGCUGCCUCUCAAAGCUGGGUCUAAAUCACCUGGAAAGUUUUAAGCCCUUCCUGUACGAGGCAGUGAAUCCCAUCAAUGCAAGCACCAAUGAGAUGUUCAACAGGUUAUGGGCCUCCCUUAAGAUAGGUCCCUGCCUGAAGUACAAAAGUAUCCCAGAGAGUUCCAUCCUGAAAGCUUUCAUUAGAAGUACUCAGACAGAAACAGAAAAAGAGAAAAUACAUAGUAGUAUAAGUAUCCAAACGGAAACAGAAAAUGAAGAAGAAAAAAAUAAAGAGAAAGCUUUCAUUAGAAGUACUCAGACAGUAAUAGAGGAAGAAAAAGAGAAAAUACAUAGUAGUAUAAGUAUCCCAACUGAAACAGAGGAAGAAAAUAAAGAGAAAUCUCUCAGUAGUAUAAGUAUCCAAACAGAAACAGAAAAUGAAAAAGAAGAGAAAGCUCUUAAUAGUAUAACUAUCCAAACAGAAACAGAAAAUGAAGAAGAAAAAAAAGCUCUUAAUAGUAUAACUAUCCAAACGGAAACAGAAGAAGAAAAAGAGAAAGCUCUUAAUAGUAUAACUAUCCAGACGGAAAUAGAAGAAGAAAAUGAAGAAAAAGAGAAAGCUCUUAAUAGUAUAAGUAUCCAAACGGAAACAGAAAAUGAAGAAGAAAAUGAAGAAAAAGAGAAAGCUCUUAAUAGUAUAACUAUCCAGCCGGAGGAAGAGAACAUUGAAUUCGGGUUAUCCCAGAGUGAAUUUACUAUUAUAAAUACUCAGACGGAGGAACAGAAAGAGGAUGAAAAGAUGCAGUAUAAUAAGACAUUUACUAGCACACACUCCCAAGUAGAAGCCGAGAACUUUCCAAUCCCAGAGUUUUCCCCACCCCAAAACAGCCUUCUCUUUGCAUCGGGCCAGAAUAACUCACUGAAUCCCGCAGGCAGAAUGAAUACCACCAGCACAUUCUACUGGGAUGGCUUUUUUCUGGGCCUGUUCGGCAUAUCCAUGGGCAUUUUAUCGAUUGUCGUAUAUGCGACAUAUCACCGUGCGACAUCUACAGAGCGUAUUUAA